UACUAAUGCCUAGUCAACUGAGCUCCAUCUGUUUAUGCAUGGUCUUUAAAGGUGACCUGCAAAUCCUUUUAAAUAAGCGGUUUUGUCAAUGUAUUUAUACUAACAAAUCAUUUCAUGUAUAUAGAUAGCUAGGAAAUAGUCCAAAUUUGAUAAAAUCUGCUUUUAAGAGAGCUAAAACUAGUGUGCCAGUAUCCAUUGUUAGCAGACGACAUUUUCAGCGCAGACAAAAACCGUAGUUACGCCCUCAACCGCUAGGGCAGUACUGAUGACGUAGAUUGUGCUGUUUACAUUAUCCAACAUGGCGGACUUCAGUUCAAGUGAAGAGGAAUUUGCAGACAAUUUUUCGGCUCUUUCAUGCGAAGUGGAAGCGAUUGAGGGGUAUAGAUUUGAGCCAAUUCGCAGGGAAACUCAUCCGGAUUCUUCAGAUGAUGAGGAAAACUCGGGGGAAGAAGAAUCUUCAGAGGAUGAACGCCCAGAACGGGCAGGACACAAUCGCUGGUGUGACUGUGGAAAGAUCUGCCAGCCACAGACCAAAGGCAGGGUUAGCAUGUGCUGCUCUGAUUACAGCGCCGUCCAAGGGAAGAAGGAUGCCCUGGAGCCAGAUGGCUGUGAAUGUAUCACAGCACACCCAGGCUUUACUGUGAAUUGCCUAAACCAAUAUGCAUUGGAGUUAGCAAUGAACCGCUACAUCAAUGAAGAAGGGCCAGUUGGGAAUGACCAGCCGACACACAAACUAUACAGAUACCUUGCAUAUCGGAGUUUGGUCGAGUGGUGUUUUGGCAAGUUAGGAAAGAAAAAUCGGCUUCCUUUACCAGUAUGUGCCAGGGACCGAAUCAGGGAGAACUGGCCAGAACCAGAUGGCGUUUAUACUGGAUUUUCAUAUCAAAACCGUGCCCGGACUUCUCCAGCAGCAAUUGUGGUUGUGAUAGGACUGCUGAUAUUUAUCUUCAGCUAAGGCAAGAUAGUUUCUAAAGCAGACGGUUGAAACGGGUCUUGAACUCUUCAACAACCUCCAUCUUUUCCCGUCUGUCAUACUUGUCGCAGACUGGUCCAGGUACAUUUUGUCGACUCUCAUUCUUGUGGACCUUGGCCAACUUGUAUGUAGGGUACUCGUCUCUCAUCUCCAUGAGAGUAUCCAGCAGCUUGUGAA